AUGGAAAGUGGAAGCUCGCCGGCAAGGAAGAUAAUACUGGUGGCUGAACCAACCCGGGAAUCGGCAGGUGCACUUGAAUAUGCAAUUUCUCAUGUAGUUCUUGAAAAUGAUGAGCUUAUACUUCUUCAUAUCGAAAAUCCGAAUUCAUGGAGAAAUACAUUUUCUUUCCUGAAAAAGUCUAGUUUUCCUUCUACCUCUAAAUUCUUGGAGGAACACAUUCACAACAAUGAAGGAACCGAUAUAGAUUUUCUUGAGGUAAUGAAGCAGGUAUGUGAGCUUGCUCAGCCUAAAAUCCGUAUCCGGGUCGAAAAUAUACCAAUGGAUACCAACAAAGACAAAGGCAAUGCUAUUCUGGGUGCAUGCAACAUAUUAGGCGGUGAUCUCAUCAUCAUCGGGCAAAAACGGAGUCUUUCGACUGCAUUGUUAGGAUAUAAGAGAUCGGGGAGUUCAGGGAUGAAAGGGAUAGACACAGCAGAGUAUUUGAUAGAGAACAGCAAGUGUACCUGCGUCGGAGUGCAGAAAAAGGGCCAAAAUGCAGGCUAUCUUCUGAAUUCAAAAACCCACAAAAAUUUCUGGCUUCUAGCUUAAUCAUCAUCUCCUUUUUUGGUUGGUGCAGUCAAUGAAGAUCAUGAUUGAUCAUUUCUUUGUUUAAAUGGCAAAUUCAGAUCAAUUCAUUGACAGAUUGCAAUACACAAUAGACUUUUGAUUUCUUGCAUUUGGUUGUAGAAGAGGUUCAUUCGUCUUUUAUGUAGAAAUUUGCAAUGUAAUCUGAUUACAACAAGGUAAUCUGAAAAAUUGCAUUUAAAAAAAUGUAUCAUGGAAAAAAAACUAGAAAUGACAUACUUCUCGACUCGACAUACUACGGCAGUCUUUUUUU